GGAGGCGGCCGCAGGAGCGGCCUGCCCCCGCCACCACCCUGGGACGAUGGGGCGGCCCGCCGGGCCUCGGCGCUGAGGGAAAGCGCGACGAGACGGAAAGAAGGAAGAAGAGGGAGGGGCUCUGGCGGAAGGGGCGGGGCUUGGGCCGAUCAUGACUUCACAACUGGGCCGCUGAAGGACGAGCGUUCCCUGUUGCCAUGACGACGGGUGACUGCUGCCAUCUUCCUGGUUCGCUGUGCGACUGUCCUGGAAGCGCCGCGCUGUCCAAGUCAGUGGAAGACUCUGACCUUGGGCGGCCGCAGUACGUUACCCAGGUCACGGCCAAGGAUGGUCGGCUGCUCUCCACUGUGAUCAAAGCCCUGGGGACGCAGAGCGAUGGCCCCAUCUGUCGGAUCUGCCAUGAAGGUGGAAGUGGAGAGGGCCUGCUGUCCCCCUGUGAUUGCACCGGCACACUGGGGGCCGUCCACAAAAGCUGCCUGGAGAAGUGGCUCUCCUCCUCAAACACCAGCUACUGCGAACUCUGCCACACUGAGUUUGUCGUGGAGAGAAGACCCCGGCCCCUGACAGAGUGGCUGAAGGACCCUGGGCCACGCAAUGAGAAGCGAACCCUCUUCUGCGACAUGGUGUGUUUCCUCUUCAUCACCCCACUGGCUGCCAUCUCGGGCUGGCUGUGCCUCCGCGGCGCCCAGGAUCACCUGCAGUUCAACAGCCGCUUGGAAGCCAUCGGCCUGAUUGCGCUGACCAUUGCACUUUUUACUAUCUAUGUCCUCUGGACGCUGGUUUCAUUCCGCUACCAUUGCCAGCUGUACUCGGAGUGGCGAAGGACCAAUCAGAAAGUCCGCCUGAUGAUCCCAGACUCACGAAACCCCCACCCUGUCCAGCACUCUCUGCUCUCAGCCAAGCUCCUGAAGAAGAAGGCUGACGAGACAACUGUAUGAGCUGGGAGUGGGCUUUGGGGGGAAUCCCCCACUCCAUGCAAGGUGGGUUGGGCAGGGUUGCACUUUCCCAGGCGGCCAUGGCAAAGACUUGUCUGAACAAUCAACCCGACCAAAGGGGGCUGAAGACCACAGGAAGACAAGGAAUCUCCGGGCGUGUGCAAUGACCUCGGGAGACGACCCAGCGAGAGCCUCCACCCGCCAGAUUUUGUCCUCGAGAGGAACGCACGGGGAAGAAAGCUGUCUCCCUAUAUCCGUAAUCCUAUAUUCUAUUAUAAUAAUUAUUACUGUUGUUUAUAAGUUUACCACUAUGAUUGAUUUCUCCACCACCCAUGUUUGGGCCCCCAGUGCUGUUAGAAAUGUCCUGCGUGAAAGACCCAGGGCUGAUCCGCACAUCCAUGCUUUGAUGCCACCAGACUGUUCCCCCUUGUUGGUUUCACGUGGUCAGAAUUUGCUGGGAAUGUAUCUUUCCUUGCCAUGCAGAGAUAGCCCCCCCCCCCCGCCCCUUGGAAAAGACUCACAAAUCCACCGGUUCCUUUGAGGGCUUAACGUUAGUUGUCAGUGUAGGAGAGUGGUGGGGUGAGGGGCAAAGUUGCAAGAAAUCUUCACCCCACAAAAUCGGCAAGGUGUAUUUUUAACUGGUGUUGUUCUCUUCCCCCACCCCACCUCCCUCACAUCAAAGACACAAGUCGGCCCAUUGUCUGACCUCAUGCUGGGAACGAAUUGGUGCUCUUAUUAAGAAUUUGAGGGGGGUGGGAGGUUUACUCCCUUUUCAGCUCCCCCCCCCCGCCCGCCCGUGUCUGUAAGCCUUCUUGUUUUGCACUACAUGGAUUUUGGGGUGGGUCCAGCCUUCCCUCCUUGUUUUCCCUCUGUUCUGUCAGUGCUGUUACUAUCCCGUCGAGAGGAUUCUGUGCAUUUUUUGAGAAUGGAUUUAAGUAUAAUAAUCCCAGGAGGAGUAAAAAAUGAACUAAUGCUGACCACGAGAAGUUUCUUUCCCCCUGUGCUAUCAACACCUCGUAACCUUUGAGUGAUCCCACGCAGUCGGUUGGUUUCCUCUCUCCUUCCCGGGCCUCAUGGGCAAGAUUCAGAUCCUUCUGAGACAAGAAGACCUAUCUCCAACCUCUCUCUAUGGGCAGGCUCACCAAAGCAAAGUGCCUCCACUGCACCUUCUUCCUUUAGAGGAGAGUCUUCGUUCAAUCCACAAUUUAAGGAUUGCUGGUUACAGGGCUUUGGGAAAGAAAGGCCCUUCCAUCUGAGAUCUUGGGAGUGCUUCUGUGGGUCAGAGGAGAUUAUGUUGGAAGGUGGACCAGUGCUGAGGUCCCACUGCUCAGUGGCUGAACACCUGUUCAGCUUGCAGGUAGGAGCCACAUUCAUCCCUCGGCAUCACCAGUCGAAGUAGUGGCACUCACUCUGCCACAUUUGCAGCUACCAUCAACCCAAAGAGCCACAUUUAUGUCUCUGGUAUGAGUCCUGAACCUUAGGGAGGCUCACAGCUUACCUGUUCCUCUGGCAUUAGCUGUUUUAAGGUGGCUAACCACAAGCUCCACUAGGCUAAGGUCCUUGCCCGCUCUUCUGCCACACUGGGGAACAGUGCUCACAAGUGUCGCA